AUGAGUGGCUACGGGCCUGGCGGGGGCCAGAUGUACACGAAACCUGUACCACCACAGAGGGGCAGCUUCCCACUUGAUCACGAUGGCGAGUGCAAGCAUGUCAUGACAAAAUAUCUGGCAUGUAUCAAGAAAGUCAAGGGCGUCAACGAGAACCACUGUCGGGAGCUUGCCAAGGCAUAUCUGUCCUGUCGCAUGGACCGGGACCUGAUGGCGAAAGAUGACUUCAAGAACCUUGGGUUUCAAAAUGUUGCACAGGAUUCUGGUCCAAGCAAGUCAGCCACUGGAAGCGACGCUCAAGGCAAAGGAGCAUAG